CCCCGGGCGGGGCGCGGGGCCGCCGGAGCCGCCGGAGCCGCCGGAGCCGCGGAACGUGGGCUCGCGCGCCCCGCCUUUGUCUCCCCGGCGCAGGCCCCGCCGCCGCUUUGUGCCACGCGUGGGGGACCCGGGGCGCGGAGCGGCGCGCGCAGCCUCGGCAUGGACGUGACCGUCUCGGAGCUCAUGGAGCUCUUCCUGCAGAGCCCGCUGGUGACCUGGGUGAAAACUUUUGGGUCGUUCGGAGGCGGCGCCCAGGACAACCUGACCAUGUAUAUGGACCUGGUGGACGGCAUCUUGCUGAACCAAAUUAUGCUGCAGAUAGACCCCCGGCCCACGAACCAGCGCAUCAACAAGCAUGUCAACAAUGACGUGAACCUUCGCAUCCAGAACCUGACCAUCCUGGUGAGGAACAUCAAGACCUACUACCAGGAAGUGCUCCAGCAGCUGAUCGUAAUGAAUUUACCCAAUGUUCUGAUGAUUGGCAAAGACCCACUGUCUGGGAAGAGCAUGGAGGAGAUCAAGAAGGUGCUGCUGCUGGUGCUCGGCUGUGCUGUCCAGUGCGAGCGGAAGGAGGAGUUCAUUGAGCGCAUCAAGCAGCUGGACAUCGAGACGCAGGCUGGCAUCGUGGCGCACAUCCAGGAGGUGACACACAACCAGGAGAACGUGUUCGACCUGCAGUGGCUGGAGCUGCCGGAUGUGGCCCCGGAGGAGCUGGAGGCGCUGUCCAGGAGUAUGGUGCUCCACCUGCGGAGGCUCAUCGACGAGCGGGACGAGUGCACCGAGCUCAUCGUGGACCUGACCCAGGAACGGGACUACCUGCAGGCACAGAGGCCGCCCAGCCCCGCCAAGUCCUCCAGCAUCGACUCCACGCCCAGCCCCACCAGCAGCCUGUCCAGUGAGGACAAGCAGCACCUGGCCGUGGAGCUGGCUGACACCAAGGCCCGGCUGCGGCGCGUCCGGCAGGAUCUGGAGGAGAAGACAGAGCAGCUUGUGGAUGCCAGGCACGAGGUGGACCAGCUGGUGCUAGAGCUGCAGAAAGUCAAGCAGGAGAACACCCAGCUGGCAGCUGACGCCCGGUCUGCCCGUGCCUACCGAGACGAGCUGGACUCGCUGAGGGAGAAGGCGAGCCGCGUGGACAGGCUGGAGAUGGAGCUGGUGCGCUGCAAGGAGAGGCUGCAUGACGUGGACUUCUACAAGGCCCGCAUGGAGGAGCUGAGGGAAGACAGCAUCAUCCUCAUUGAGACCAAGGCCCUGCUGGAGGAGCAGCUGGUGGCCGCCCGGGCCCGGGGCGACAAGGUCCAUGAGCUGGAGAAGGAGAACCUGCAGCUGCGAUCCAAACUGCAUGACGUGGAGCUGGACCGGGACACAGACAAGAAGCGCAUCGAGGAGCUGCUGGAGGAGAACAUGGCGCUGGAGAUGGCCCAGAAGCAGAGCAUGAACGAGUCUGCGCACCUGGGCUGGGAGCUGGAGCAGCUGUCCAGGAACGCAGAGCUGUCCGACGCCUCCAGGAAGUCCUUCGUGUUCGAGCUGAACGAGUGUGCUUCCAGCCGCAUCCUGAAGCUGGAGAAGGAGAACCAGGGCCUGCAGAGUGCCGUCCAGGGCCUGCGGGAGAGCGGCCUCAAGUACGCCGAGCUGCAGAAGGAGAAUGAGCAGCUGAGCAAGAAGAUCGAGAAGCUGCAGACCCAGCUGGAGCGGGAGAAGCAGAGCAGCCAGGACCUGGAGACCCUGAGCGAGGAGCUCAUUCAGGAGAAGGAGCAGCUGCAGAGCGACAUGGAGACCCUGAAGGCUGACAGGGCCAGGCAGAUUAAAGACCUGGAGCAGGAGAAGGACCACCUCAGCCGAGCCAUGCGGUCGCUGCGGGAGAGGUCGCAGGUCAGCAGUGAGGCCCGCACGAAGGACACGGAGAGGGAGUGCACAGUGCCACGCCAGGCAGAGGCCGCCACUCAGCUCAGCCAGCCAGAGGUGGAGGUACAGCAGCUACGCCAAGAUGCCCAGCAGAAGGCGGAGCAGGUGGAGGCCUUGGAGCAGGAGCUGGGCCGGCUGGAGCAGGAGCGCAAGCAGCUGGAGGCGCAGGUGAGCGCCCUGCAGUCAGCCGCUGAGAAGGCCUCAGGCUUGGAGCAAGAGAACAGCGCACUGCGUGCGUCCCUGGACGCUAUGCAGGAUGCGGCCACACAGCGCCAACGCCUGGAGCAGGAGCAGGAGCGGCUGGCUGAGGAGAACCAGGAGCUGCGUGCCGCCCUGGAGGCCUCACGGCUCAGCAGCGCACAGGUGGCGCAGGUGCAGCAGGAGAACCAGCAGCUGGUGCGCGAGAAGGAGGGGCUGAGCCGCGAUGUGGCGCUACUGGCCGCCCUCAGCAAGCAGACGGAGCGCCUGGAGCUCAGCUACCAGAGCGUGAGCGCCGAGAACCAGCGGCUGCAGCAGGGCCUGGAGCGCAGCGGCCGCCAGUCACAGGCCCUGGAGCGGGAGCUGGGCGAGCUGGAGGCCGAGCGCCGGGCCCUGCAGCGGGACCUGGAGGCCCUGCAGCUGGCCGGCGUGCGGCUGCAGCGGGCCGAGGAAGACAGGAAGGCGCUGGAGCAGGAAGUGGCACAGCUCGAAAAGGACAAGAAGCUGCUGGAGAAGGAGACCAAGCGCCUGUGGCAGCAGGUGGAGCUCAAGGACGCCGUGCUGGAUGACAGCACUGCCAAGCUGUGCGCCGCCGAGAAGGAGAGCCGCGCGCUGGACAAGGAGCUGGCCCGCUGCCGUGAGGCGGCCAGCAAACUCAAAGAGCUGGAGAGGGACAACCGGGACCUCACGAAGCAGGUCACCCUGCACACGAGGACGCUGACAACCCUGCGGGAGGACCUGGUGCUGGAGAAGCUGAAGAGCCAGCAGCUGACCAGUGAACUGGACCAGCUGAGCCAGGAGCUGGAGAAGCUGGGCCUCAGCAAGGAGCUGCUGCUGCAGGACGAGCAUGGUGACACAAAGUACAGGAUCUUGGAGGGCAGAAGUGAAUCAGCGUUGCAGACUACGCUGGCGCAGAGAGAAGAGAAGAUUGCGUUCUUGGAAGCUCAGGUGGAAGAGAAAGCGAGCCUGAACCACCAGCUGCAGAGUGAGCUCCAGACGUUGAGAAAAGAGUGUGAAGUCUUCAGGCGGGCCUCGGAGGAUGGGCCUUACCUGCUAAACACGCUCAAGCCUGUGGUGGAGAAAGAAGCCUGGGCGCCCGGCCACAAGGAGGCCACCCUGGAGCUACUGCGUGUGAAGGACCGGGCCAUCGAGCUGGAACGGAAUAACGCGGCCCUGCAGGCGGAGAAACAGCUGCUGAAGGAUCAGCUGCAGCACCUGGAGACCCAGAACGUGGCCUUCAGCAGUCAGAUCCUGACCCUGCAGAAGCAGAGCGCCUUCCUGCAGGAGCACAACACCACGCUGCAGACCCAGACGGCCAGGCUGCAGGUGGAAAACUCGACGCUGAGCUCACAGAGCGCCUCGCUCACAGCACAGUAUACGCUACUGCAGAGCCAGCAGACGGCCCAGGAGGGCGAGCUGGAGGGCCUGCGUGAGCGGCAGGAGCGGCUGACGGCGGCGCACGAGGCACUGCUGCAGGACCACGAGCGCCUGGGCGCAUUGCACGAGCGCCAGUGCGCCGAGUAUGAGGCCCUCAUCCGCCAGCACGGCUGCCUCAAGACGCUGCAUCGCAACCUGGAGCUGGAGUUCAAGGAGCUCAACGAGAGGCAUGGGGACCUCCUGACACAUAAGGCGGAGCUGGACGAGCUGGAAAAAGUCCUGACCACGGAGAGGGAGACUCUGCAGCAGGAGCGCAGGACCAACGCCAUGGCCACCGGCGAGAACCAGCGGCUGCGGGGAGAGCUGGACAGGGUCAGCUUCCUGCACCAGCAGCUGAAGGGGGAGUACGAGGAGCUGCAUGCGUACACCAAGGAGCUGAAGACCUCACUGCACAACUCGCAGCUGGAGCUGAACCGCUGGCAGGCGCGCUUCGACGAGCUCAAGGAGCAGCACCAGAGCAUGGACCUCUCGCUGACCAAGCUGGACAACCACUGCGAGCUGCUCUCCCGCCUCAAGGGCAACCUGGAGGAAGAGAACCACCACCUGCUGAGCCAGAUCCAGCUGCUGAGCCAGCAGAACCAGCUGCUCGUGGAGCAGAACCUGGAGAGCAAGGAGCAGUUCCACGAGGAGCAAAAGCAGUACAUAGACAAGCUGAAUGCCUUACGGAGACACAAGGAGAAGCUGGAGGAGAAGAUCAUGGACCAGUACAAGUUCUACGAUCCUGCUCCAAAGAAGAAGAACCACUGGAUAGGAGCCAGAGCCUUGGUCAGGUUCAUCAAACCAAAGAAAGAGGGUUCAAGAGAGCGCUCCAAAUCCACUGCGGACAGCCCUCCCUGGCAGCUGGAAGAGCCUGCCUCGCCCCUCAGGCCGCAGCCUGAGAACCCCGACACCCCACCACCGGGCUUGAAUGGCAGUGCCAACGAGCAUGACCCCCACAGUGGGUCCGAGGGGAGAGGCCCUGGAGAUCCGAAGACCAAGCGAGGGUCCCCUCCCGGGGAUGGCCUGGACAGCACAGAAGCUGCCAAGCCCUGGCCCUCAGCACUGGGCUCCCGGGCCUGUUCAACCCCUGCCAUCACUGCAACCCCUCCCAGCUCCACCCCUGCCUCCCGGCACCCAGGCCGUGCCAAAGGCUGUAAUUCCGAAGACAGCCUCUGCGAGCCGGCCCUGGAGCUCGACUUCAGCCACAGGCAGAAUGUGUCCCGGCCCAGUAGCCUGGAGAGCAGCAGAAAUGCGUCUAGCAACAGCUCCCCACUGAAUCUGAAAGGUUCCUCCGAGCAGCUGCUUGGUCGGUCCGAGAGCUUCAGCAGCGAAGACCUGAUCCCCAGCAGGGACCCGUGCACGCUGCCCCGAGACACCAGCACCUCAGGCUGCCCCGUCCUGGGCCGCCAUGAGUACCCCCCACCCCGGAAUGGACCCACAGCCCUGCCACCUGCUACAGCACGGCCCUGUACCGUCUCCCCCAGCAGCGAGAUGGUCACCCUGGAGGAGUUCCUGGAGGAGAGUGGCCGGAGCUCACCCACUCACGACGCCCCCAGCAACCGGGAUGACCUGCUCACUGACUAUUUCCGAAAAGCCAAUGAUGGCCCCGCCCUGGGGGGGCAGCCCGGGCCACCCUCCCGCAAAGAAGGACCCAAGAUGCCUACCAGCUUUGUGGCCCCCACCAUCAAGAUGGCUGUGAGCACCCCGGAGGGCCGGCAGCUGAAGCCUGGGCAGUAUGUGAAGCCCAACUUCCGGCCACCCGAGGCCCCCGCCUCCCCUGGCAGCACCCCGAGACCGGCCCAACCUCCCCAGAGCCUGUCUCUGGGCAGACCGCGGCAGGGGGUGCCGGCCUCUGCUUCGCAUGCGCCCACUGGCCGCAGCGCAUCCCUGAGCCGGGCUUUCAGCCUGGCCUCGGCCGACCUCCUCCGGGCCAGCGGCCCAGAGGCCUGCAAGCAGCAUGAAACCCCGCAGAAGCUGGUGGCUUCCUCAGCAGCCAGGGACAGGAGCAGCCACCUGCUGCCAGGACCCCACAGCCUGAGCCGCGAGCGGACCCCACUGGUGGGCAAGGCUGGGGGCUCCUGCCCGGGCCCCCGCGGCCGAACCCUGGAUGUACGGCGCUUCUCGCUGGCGCCGCCGAAGGAGGAGCGGCUGGCCCCUCUGCAGCAGUCGGCCACGGCCCCCGCACUGUCCUCCGGAGCAGGUAGCAGUGGCAGCAGCUCGCCAGCCACCAGGACCAAACCCCGAACGCCCCCACACACUGGGGAGGUGGCCGCCAUCGCACCUGUGCGGCCCGGGCUCAACGUCAGCGAUGGGGACGGGGCCGCGGGGCAGGGCUGCGGUGAGGGCCUCUCGGCCAAAAGCCCUGGGAGGUCUGCUGACUUGGCACCCCACGUGGGCAGGGGCCCCGAGGACUGUGGUCGCGGGAGCAGCUCCAAGAGCACGCCAGUGUCCCCGGAGCCCGGCGGGGACCCACAGACUGUGUGGUAUGAGUAUGGCUGCGUGUGAGUGGCCUGUGGGGCAGCAGCAAGCGACGCACCUGCCAUCCAGCUGGCCCAUGGAGCCGCUAAGGGUUGAGGAAGAGGAGGGGGGAGCCUGUGUUGCUCGGGCAAACGCUGUGCCAAGCCCCGGGGACCUGCUGCCACACCUGUGGCCUCUGAGUUUGGGGGGCUUUGGAGCUCGGCUUGGCACCUGUCCACAUACCCCAAAGCAGACACUGCUGGAGUGU